CGGACUGAGAAGAAUGUUUGGCGGUUUUUGUUUGGCAACUGAGUACAUUUUCGCCUGCAGACCUGGCAACCAUGACUCCAAUCUGGCAACCCUGUGCUGUUUGUCGUCUGUAAAGCGGCGCUUUAGCUCAGCAGAGACACGCUACAGAGACGCGGAGUGUGAUGUGAGACACAUUUUUAAUGACUACAAAUAUUCUCUCAUGGACGCUACGGGAUUAAUACGCACUGCAACACUGCUCUGGAUACAUAUUUGUCCUAGAAUACCGACAUUUUUCUCUGUUUUUGUAACCUAUUUGUUCUUCUCAUCAGGUUAACGGACAGAGGAAGUUUCCUCACAGGAGGAUUUGUGUGAGGAGAAGCGGCGCGCGCGCAUCACUCGAGCGUGUUUACUCUCUCCGACAUUUUCCAGAAAAUUCGAAGAACAUAUUUUUCUUCUUAGUUUUUUUUUAUGACUAAGGGAUCUUGUAAGUGUGUUUUUCUUUUUUUUUCUUCUUUUUUUUUAAAUGAGUUUAUCAGACCUGCAGCAGGUUCAGUAGCUCUGUGUUGGACGUGUGUGUGUGUGUGUGUGCUGCUGAAGUAGUUCACAUCUCCUAGAGAGAAACUCAAACUGUGUGUUAAUGGAGGGAUUAAACAAAGCAGGAUAUCUUUACAGUCCGUGAGGACAAAUCUGGGAUUUUUGCAGGUUGUUUUGUCGGAGAAUAUUGCUGAAGGAGCUGUGUGGAAAAUCAUGAACAGCGUCACGGAGCUUGAAGACGGACCGCAGCACAAGGCUCAGAGGACGAGCUGUAGUUACCUCCUGUGCACCAUUCUCCUCUUUGUUGCUGUGCUACUAGCCGUUACAGUAACAGGCACCAUCCUCUUAAUGAACCACUCCCAGACACCCUCAGGCCCCGAUGCUCCACCCCUCAUCACUACCAAUCAAGACGAAGGUAACGCCCUGGUGACGGUAGAGAGGGGUGAUGGCUCCCGCAUUAACAUCUUCAUCGACCCCAACUGCCCCGACUACAACAGCAACUUCUUGCGACUGGAGGGGUUACAGACGUCACUGCUGCACUCGCUCAGUCACCAUGACACAGACCUGAAGUCAGUGAAGGGACAGGAGCGUGCACUGCUUGUCCAGUUGGCUGAGGAAAUUGCGAAGCUGUCAGCCCACGGCAGCCAGCUGAAGGCGGAGUACAGCACGUUGAGGCAGGGCCAGAGCAGCAUCAGCCAGGAGAUCAGCAUGCUGCAGACUGAGCAGGCCAGGCUCAUCCAGCUGUUAUCCGAAAGCCAAAGUAACAUGAUGAAGGUCGUGAACACGUUGAGUGACGUGUUCGACUCCAUGCAGAAGGAACCUGGCAGCAUGAAGGUGUUCCUGAAGGCAGACUUGCAGAGGGCUCCAGUGCGCAGUGGCAUCCGGUCCAGGGGCUGCUCCAGCGGAGAGGGUCGACCAAGAGACUGCAGCGAUAUCUAUGCUAGUGGACAGCAUGAAGACGGGAUCUACUCCAUCUUUCCCAUACAUUUCCCCGCAGGUUUCCAGGUUUACUGUGACAUGAGCACCGAGGGAGGUGGCUGGACGGUGUUCCAGCGCAGAGAAGAUGGCUCUGUGAACUUCUACAGGGAAUGGGCCGCGUAUCAAGAGGGAUUUGGCAAGAUUACAGGAGAACACUGGCUUGGUCUGAAGCGGAUUCAUGCCCUGACCAUUCAGGCUAAUUAUGAGCUGAGGAUUGACCUGGAGGACUUUGAGAACAGCACUUCCUUUGCGCAGUAUGGAUCCUUUGGCGUGGGAUUGUUCUCCGUCGACGCGGAUGAAGACGGCUACCCGUUGAGCAUAGCGGACUACUCAGGAACCGCCGGUGACUCAUUGCUCAAACAUAACGGCAUGAAGUUCACUACAAAGGACAAGGACAACGAUCACUCGGAGAACAACUGCGCGUCCUUCUACCACGGAGCCUGGUGGUACCGGAACUGCCACAUGUCCAACCUGAAUGGACAGUACCUGCGCGGCCAGCACUCGUCCUACGCCGACGGCAUCGAGUGGUACUCAUGGACUGGUUUGCAGUACUCCCUUAAAUUCACGGAGAUGAAAAUCAGGCCUACAUGCGAGCAAAACGAAUGAGUGAAGCACAAGAGGAUCUUCAGCAUGUAGGUGUUAGAGACAC